AUGUUUGGAGCCCCUUCACAGAAACAGCACCCUGCUGGAGCUUCUCAGGGCUGUGUUAAAGGCAUUCGCUCCAAGAUGCAGGAAAGGGGACUCUUACCACCUUUGUACUCCAUGCAGCCCCUUGUCUCAGCAGCCAGACCAGCUACCAGACCCCUUCUUGACAGUGUCCCAUCUAAGGAAAGUUUGUUUGGGGUAGAGCUCCCUCGUCUUAAAGCACAAGUAGGACCUAGGAGAGCCUCAGACAACACAAAAAGGACAGAAGGACCUGGACUAGGAACCAGCAUUCCAGCCAGAACUGCUGAUGGGUCUGCAGCUCAUGGUCUUACAGGAAAGGAUGAAUCCAUAAAAGUCACAGCUUGUAACAAUAAAAGGAUAAAUACUGUGAGAGAUGGGAGAGGGACUGAACUUAAUAAAGGUCCCCUCACUGCCAUCGAUGUACUUCAUAUCUUUGCCAAGAAAAGAGAUCAUAUCAUUGCCAAGAAAAGAGACCUGAUCCCUGCCAAGCAAAGAGACCUAGGAGAGUCGGAGCUUUAUUACCUUAAAGAAGUGGAUGGGGACUCCUACAGACCUUAUGACCUGCAAGUGGUUCCUUUUAGUGAAGUUGGCUCUGAAUACUAUGUCUUCUCCUCUAAUUCUGUUCUACAUGUUACAAAGAGGGGUUAUGGUGAGACUGUCAGUUUGGCAGAUUGGCACAGAGAGUCUGUGUUAUGGACAGCUUUACAAGAAAUCCCAUUUUUCCAGAAGUACAGAUUGCACAAAGCAUUCAAAUGGUGGCACACUAUUGUGCGCAGGACAAUUUUUCGGCGAAGAGCUGAUAGUCUGCAGGAUAAGCUGGUUAUACUUGUGCCUCAGCUCAGAAAUGUUCUCUUUAUGUUCAAAAGAGUAAUUGAAGAACUGAAAGAGACACACCUUCUGCAUCAGGAAGAGACUAAAACCUACAGAUUGCUGGACUUCCAACAUGCGCUCAAAGCAAUGCAUGAAGAUGGUUUGGAGACACUGAAGAAGCUAUCACAAUGCCGUUCCUUCAUCCUUAAUAAGAUGAGGGAGGACUGUUACAAGUCACAACAGCAGCUGCAGCUGCACCUGAAAUAUGCUGAAAAGCCAAACAAGCGCUCCGAACCCAUCCACCUCCAUCAGGCUCACCAGCAGGAUCUGAAGGAUGAGCUGGCUGAGUCUGAAAGCGUCUUCAAGAAACUGGGCAACUUUGCUGCUCUCAUCAAUCAGAUGACUAUGCAGACUCUCGUCACAAUAACCAAACAAGAUGCUACCGCGUUUCUUAACAAUGUCGUGAAGAGGCAGAAAUCUAAACAAGGCAGUGUCUUUGACAUCCAGCUUUGCUUCGAUGCCAACAAUAGUCUGACUGUUGAACCAUCAAUACAAGAGUACCAAAGAGCAGUGAGUGAGGCACUCCUGUCUGUUGGAGAGACUGUAAUUCAGAUAUGUGAUGACUGUGGAUUCUUUCUGGAGGUCAACAACAGCAUCUCCAGCUCUGAUUUUGCUCAGGAAUUUGCCUCUGACCUUAGUGUUUGUGAAUGCUCUGCCUUUACAGAGAGUAGGACCAAGAGUGACUGCAAAAAGUUCUGCUGCCAGCGAUAUCUCAGAGACCUUCCAUCUACCUGGCCGAUCCAGCUUGAAGAGACUGUGCCAAUGGCCCAAGGGAACAGAAUGCAUGGCUGCUAUUACCCCCUCAUCAGGAGUCAGCUUGAAUGGCAGAUGAGCAUUAAUGACAUGACAAAAAAACUGGAGAAAGAGCAAGAAAAGAUCAUGCAGGAAGCUGAGUUGGAAAUCCUGCAGCUGUGUAAGAGCUACUCGUGGCUGCAGGAUAUACAUUUGUUCACCAGUCAGUGGAGUCGAACAUCUUGGGAAUCCAUGAAGGGUCCGCUGAGUUUACUUUUUGAGGAGCUUGUAAAGACGCUACACCACUGGACUGAAAAGAUACACACUGUUCCCUCAUACGUUUCAACCUCCAACAACCUUUUCAUCAUCGACUGCACCCGAAUGAAAGAAAAUCUUGGGAAGCAGCUGAGGUCUGUUGAAGAUGAAAUUCAGAAGGGACUUGUUGAGCAGAUAGAACAUCGCUCAGAAAACCUUGUUUCAGACUUGGAAAGGGCUGCUGCUGCACUCAAGACAGAACCCAGAGACUUAAAUGACCUUUCAGAGUAUGCUCCACAGGUAAGGGAGGCAACAAAAAUGUUAGCUGAUGUACAGAAACGUUUGGAGUACAUUCAUUCCCUCCAGGAUACUCUUUGCAUGAACUACAGGAAGAUGACUGAACAGGAGGUGACUUUGGAAAAGAAGGUGCUCGCCACGUGGGAUUGCUUUGUCUCAGUCGUGAAGCAGGCAGACAACAUUGUAUGCAAACAGCUUCCCUCAAUGUCCCAUGCAUUGGAUACAAUGUUCUCAUGUUUGGUCUGUGACCUUAAAAACACAGUCACUAAGGCCACAUCGGGACCCUUCCUUGACCCAACCCAGAAUGCAAAGGAGACUGUGACCACACUGAAGCAUAUGUGUAAACAUGUGCACAUACUUGUUUCAAAGCUAGAAAACAUAAGUAGGACAAGUCAGAACCUACGAGAACAUCCAAUGGAUAUGUCCAUGUUGACAGCAGACAUCAAGAAGAUUGAAGCCCGCAAAGAGUUGUGGGAGCUGGCUGCUUCAUGCAAAACAUGGUUGGAGCAAUGGAAACAGCUUCCUUUUAGUGAGGUCGUUGUUUCAAAAGCUCAGGAGAAAAUUGUCCAGUGGAAGGAUAAGGCUCUGUCUCUAUCAAGUGUCAUACCCACCAAUGAUGCAGUGCUCCUGGAGACUGUGGCAUUCCUGGAAAGCCUAAGUCCUCAACUUGCAACUAUGGCCCUGCUGCAGAGUACCACACUCAAACAAAAAGACUGGAAAUCCAUUUUAACAGGCAUGGGCCUAUUGUAUGACCCAGAAAGGAGGGUUAUGGUUGCUGAGCUGAUGUCCGAACAACAUGAAGUUGACCAGAAAUUAAUAACCAAGAUAUGUAGUGCUGCACAAGCAGAGUCUAACAUGAAGCAGACGUUCCUAAAACUACAACAAAGAUGGGAAGGAAGACUUUUCCAGAUGGAUAGGUGCAGUCUCCCCAGUUUGCAGCAAUGUGAGCCACACCAUGACUUAACAGAAAAAGAGAAGCCCACGGACAGCAUGGAUUUAUGUGAAAGUGCCAGUCUACAGUCCUGUAAAAAUGUGAGAUUGACUAUAAAAGGUCUAGACUUACACUCUGCUGAGAUCGACAAUGAUAUGAUGACUCUGUCCACGAUGGUGAAGUCCCCUCAUGCGGUUGAUUUCAAGCAGCAGAUGGAAGAGUGGAUGCAAUCACUGCAAGAGCUUGGAACACUGCUUGAUUUAUUCAAAAGAUAUCAACAAAAAUGGGCCUUCCUGACCAAAAUGUUCCAUGAAACAUCCUGUCAUCUGAAGAGAGUGGACUUGCUGGACCAGUUUCAACCCGUUGACACGACAUUUAAGGAGAUGAUGUUCUCUUUAUCAGUUGAUCCUCAUAUCUUGAACUUGGUGAACCCCAAAAUGGAAAAUGAGAGAUUCCAUGCCAAAAGCCUUUGCAAGGUUCUUCUUGAUGGUCUGUCUAUUAUGGAUGCAAUUUGUCACCAGUUGACAGAUCAACUGGACACCAUUCUUGUACAGUUUCCAAGACUCUGUUUCUUGAGUGACAGGGAAAAGAUAGAACUACUUUUGUCUAACCAAACACCUAUGACGCUGCAACCCUUUGUACGCAAAUGCUUUACAGGGGUGUGUUUGCUUGAAGUGGAGUGUGAAGAAGCAUCUAAUGCACAACUUGUAAAGACCCAUGGGACUACAACUGAAGGCCACAGACAGAUGAAUGUUCUUGGAAUCUUUGGGAGCCUUCAAGAACAUAUUUCUUUUCUGUCUCCUUUGGAACCAAAUGUCAAUGCCUUGGCCUGGCUUUCUGACUUUGACAAACAACUGAAGCUUGCCAUGGUGCACCUCUUGAGACGAUGUGCCUCUAUGCAUCGUCAGCUUGAACCAUGCAGCCAGGAUUUGGUAGAUGAUGACAGGAAAAAAAUUGUGCUGCCUGAGCUGGAUGUGCUCUCUGAGCAUCCUCUCCAGUGUCUCCUGGUGUCUGAGGAGGCAGCAUGGUGCACAGCUGUUCGACAAGCUUUCAAAGAAUCAAGCCCAGCAAAGCUGAAUAGCAUAAAGGCAUACACCUCAGAAAAACUGGAAAAUCUUGGCUCUUUCAUUAGGGAUGGUAUCACAAGGUCUAAAAGGGAACCUCUGGUUUCAAAAUACAUGAUGGUGUGUCUGCGUGCUUUAGUGCAGCUUACAAUGAAUAAUGCCCAACAAUUGUCUAAACUCAUGGAGGUUCAACAUGUACCUUUGGAGUCAUCUUUUGAGUGGCUAAGUUUGAUGAAAUACACAAUACCAGAAGAUACAUGUCUAAAAAGCAACACUGAUCCAACAUGCUUCAUAGAUGUUUUGGGCCAUCAGCUUCAUUAUGAUUAUGAGUAUUUUGGUCCAGGAGAUUGGGAGAUGGUGCAAACUCAAUCCACAGAUCGAGCAUCACUGGGGAUUCUCCUUGCUUUAACAAGCUACAGAUGUGGCUUUGUGAAUGGACCUUCCAUGGCUGGAAAGAAGACCACUGUGGUCCAGUUAGGGAAAGCACUGGGGCAGCAAAUUGUCAAUAUUCAGUGUGGAUCAAACAUGAGAUCUGCAGCUAUUUUGUGGCUGCUGUUGGGUGCCCUACAGGCUGGAGCAUGGCUUCUGCUUGACUCAGUGGACUUACUAACACAAGAGGCCCUGUCAAUACUGGGACAGCAUCUGGAAAACAUCCAUCGAUCCUUUUCUAUGUCAACAGGAAAUGAGAAUCAGAGAAUGAAAGAGGAGACAAAGGACAGAACUGCAGAUUGCAAAAAUACUCUUGAUUCAGAAUGCCAUAUGGUACUUGCUGGGAAAAGCAUUUCUGCCAGACUGAACUAUGGCUGUAUUCUAAUCUCAUCAAAGGGAUAUCCAUCUGAGGUUCCCCAGAGUCUACGAUGUGCAGCCAGACCCAUCGCAUUAACUCAUCCAGAUUACAGGAUUAUUGCAGAAGUAAUGCUGACUUCGAUUGGUUUCUCAGAAGCCAUGUCUUUAAGUCACCAACUGGUGUCUCUCAUCAGCCUGGCUAAGGAUUCCAACUGUCUGCCUGAUUUCAUCACUGACACCCAGAGCUUCUAUCUCGUCUUGCAAAGAAUCAUCUCUGCCUCUGAAAGACACUUAAAACAAAGUGUAAGGCAACAUGAAAUUUCAAAACAGGCGAGAGGACUGGCUGCAGAACAACCUGAUCUAACAUUUUCACAAAAUUCCCUUGGUAAUGUUAAGAAGAAAAGAGGAGAAAGGAAAAUGCCCUCCCAGUUGCCCAGUUCUCAUUUGUCAGUUAUAUUGGGGUUGAUGGAGGAGACAGCUGUUGUGAAAGCAAUUCUGUCUAUCAUAUUACCAUCUAUUCAUGAGCAGAAGAAAGCCUCACAGUUUCACGUCAUUUUCAAGGAAAUAUUCCCUAUUGUCAGUCAGUUUCCUUUUUUCCAGCAACACAUUGAGGAAGAAGAAAAGAGCCAUCUCAAAGAUGCAAUUACAGAGGAGUUACAAAGCCAAGGCCUUCAAUCUGACACUGAAAAUAUGUGCACUGCUCUUACACUGCACCACACUAUCAAAUUUUCUCAAGCAGUUCUGCUUCUUGGCCCCUCAGGUAGCGGAAAGACAACCUGCUACAGCACUCUAGCUGGAGCACUCAAUCUUCUGGCUUUUAAUGCAAGGGUUGAAAGUGAGAUACUGAUUCAGGGAGAUACUCCCCAGGUGCAGCCAGAAGCCGUUGCUUUAACUUGGAGUUCUGUUGAUACUGUGGUGUUAUUUCCCAAUGCCAUGUCGCACGAAGAGCUAUUUGGCUUCUUCUGUGACAAGAGAGGAUGGCAAGAUGGAGCUUUUUCAAAGGUGCUAAGAGAUUCAGAACAAAGUGAACAAACAACUACAAUCAGCAAAAAUAAAAGUGGCCAACCUCCAAGAAUGAAAUGGCUGGUAAUGGAUGGGGAGCCUUUGGGACAGCCUGGCUGGUUGGAUUACUUAGCCACACUUUGCAGUCCUAAGGACCCAUUUCUAUGUUUGCCAUCAUGUGAAACACUGCGGCCUGAAUCACACCUCAAGCUUCUCAUUGAGACCAACAACCUAGGGGAUGCAAGUCCUUCUGCAGUAACCUGUUGCAGCUUGGUGUAUUUUCCAGGCACUGAUCUGUGGAAAGCUGUUUGGAAGAGUGAAAUAGAUGCGCUUUCAUUUGAACACAAACUGGAUCAAAAAGUCAUGAAUUUGUGGAAUCACCUGGCUGAAGAUCUUUUUUUAAACACUCUCAGUUUUCUUAGGAAAAAUGCUUUAACCUCUGCGAUCCAUAGCAAAGAGGAAUGUAGUAAAAGCCUUGUGGAUGGACUGCAAGAAGUCAUGUCAUUUGUUCGAGUCAUUCGUGCCCUCCUGAAGUAUUUUGGCAUGGAAGUGGGGAAAGCUGAAGCAUUCCUACAAAUAGACAAAAGAGAUACAAGUCUUCACAGAACCAGCACCGAUGGCCCCACAAAACAAGACUUCCUGGCCAGAAACCUUUUUCUAGUGGCCUAUAUUUGGGGAUUCAGCGGACAUUUACAUCCACGACACUGGCCACAGUUUGACCUACUUGCUCGUCAGCUCUUGUUUUCUUGCCGGUACAAAAUUGUGGUUCCUGAUGCAGAGAGUGUUUUUGAACACUUUUUCAACAAGGAGAGCAGGAUCUGCCCAAAGAACUCACUGAUUACAACUGUCAUCUCUCCUAAGUAUGGGAAAUACAUGUUCCUCCUGAACCUCAUGUUUGAGGCAAACCAGCCUGUGUUGCUUGCAGGAGAGGUUGGCAGUGGAAAAAGUACACUGUGCAAAACUUUGCUGACUUUUGACAAGCCACAUAUUUGCCUACGAGCCAGUCAACUCUUGAGCUUCAGAGACAUUCGCACUCUUGUUGAGAACAUCAGGUACAAGAAGAACCCCGAGGACAGCAAAGGUUUUAUGACAAAACAGCCCAGACUGCUUCUUUUUGUGGAUGAUUUGCAUGAAGCCCCCUGUGAUGUCUUUGGGAAGACUUCAACAGCUCUGGAGACACUUCGACAGAGUAUUUCAAAAGGAGAGAUUCUAACAUACAGUGCCUACCAUUUCAAGUUAUUAUGCUCCAGAUGCAUCAGCUAUAUAGCCACCUGUUGCGUCUUUGGUUCAGGCAUUCAUCAGAGUUAUGUGAUAUCCUCCAGGCUCUCACGCCUGUUCUCCAUCUUUGUCCUGCCAUGCCUUUCUGUGGACGUUAUAUUCUCCCUCCAUUCUUCUAGGCUAAAAUCAUGGCUGAAAGAAAUGCCACUCAAGCAGAGUUGCGAGCAGAUGGCUUACUGUAUCAUCACUGCAACUAAAAAUCUAUAUGACACAGCAUGUGAGCAAUUCCAGCCUACCGCUCAGAGGCCCCAUUUCACAUUUUCCCAUCAUGACAUUCAGAAAGUGUUUUCAGGGAUGUGUCUGUGGCAGCCUAAACACAAUUCUCCAAACACAACAACGGAAAAUGGGAACUCGCCACAAGGCUUUCCUUCAGUCCUUCCAGGGUCUGCACCAGCAUCUCUUAACAUAGCACAACUCUGGAUGCAUGAGUGCAUGCGUACAUUUGGGGACAGGUUGUCCUCUGAAGAUGAAUGCAGAACUCUUGUUUCUCUUAUAUCCAAGACAGCAACAACACACUACGGGUUAUGUUUGAUUAAAGAAGCCCAGCCUGCAAAUUCAGAUGACCCAGGCACUAUCAAAAGCCUUUCUGUUCAAUCACCGGCUGCAGACACAGAAGGCACCAAUAGGCCAACAUGUCAGACUGUAGAGACUAUAAAUACAUUCAAUCUUUCACAAGAGCCAAUACCAGCUGACCAGGCUUACUUGGAGAAAUCCCUUACACAGACUGAGCCUACCCAUCUGUCUGAAGACAAUCGUUCAGAACAAGAAAGACUGAAAACCCACCCUCUACAACCCCAGAUUCUUCAGUACAUGGAGGACAAAGUGACUAAGCUUGUAUAUGGUCCUGAGCUCACUGAGACCUUAAAGUCUGCAAACUGCAACCCAAGUUUUUGCUGUUUUUAUCAAGACCUAGAACUUGAUAUAAUCCAGCAGGAGCUGUGUGCUUUCAUUGACAGAAAUGAGAAAGAGAACAGACAGAUAAUUGUGAAUGGCUUCAACGUUACCACCAGAAACAUUCUACACAGGCAGAGGGUGAAGCAGCUGCUACGUAUCCUCAGGGUGUUGCUCAUACCUGGAGGUCAUGGAUUACUCAUUGCCUCAGAGAGAGCCACAGGUCGUAAAACCAAUGUCCGUUUAGCUGCCCAUCUUCUGGGCUACCAGUUGAUGGAGGUGCAUCCUGGUAAUGAGAAUAAGUUGCAUGAGAUCGUUAAAGAGGCUGGGAAUCAAACUAGAAUGGAAGGAACUAAUGUCAUCAUACUGGCCCAUGAAGGACUUAGCCAGUCUGUCAGAGAUGAACUUCUGGUAGCCAUGGCAAACAGAACCUACCCAGGACUCUACACAAAUGAGGAGCUGGCAAUACUUGUUUCCAGAGUGACUGAGGUGAAGAAUUCCAGAAGAUAUGCUAUGGACAACUGGACACUUGAGAAGUUCUUGGGCCAAAUCCACAGAAAUGUACAUGUGUUCCUGCUGCUUCCUUUCACCAUGCCAGAAAGCAACAAGACGCAUGCAACAAAGGGGAUCCAUGGUUGGAACGCCCAACUGACUAAGGCGCUGAGCUGCAGUUGUUGUGUGGAGGUGUACCAGCCUUGGUCAAUUCAGUCUUUAGUGGAAAUUGCUUCUCAGCGUCUUGAAUUCUGUCUCCACAAAAGGGAGACAGAAAGGCCAGAAGCCAGCCUGUCUGUAGCUAUGGCAGGAAUCCAUCAGUCUGCAUGCCAGUAUGCUUCUGUGCAUUUAACAGCUCAGCCUUUCAGCCCUCAGACUUACAUGGAGUUCAUCGCCCACUUUAGUGACCUCUACAGACAAAUGCACAUGAAACAGCAGAGCCAAGCCAACAGAGUUGCCACUGCCCUGACUCGUUUGGAUGUGAUAAGACAUGCAGCUGCAGAGUAUAAAGAGGAUGUUGACAGACUGCAGAAGCGGGUUGCCGAGGCACAGCGGUGUGAGAAGGAGCUCCUCAGUGCUAAAGAUUACCAGAGGAGUCGACUUGAGGAAGCCCAGAAGACUUGUGCUGAAGAAGAGGGCAAGCUUUGUAACAUGGAAGAGAUGGUAAAUUAUGCUCACAAACAGAUGAACCCUGUUUUGCUGUCUGGUCUCAAAAUUCUAAAAUGUCUGAAUCCAUCUGACCUGGAGGAGGUACGCCACUACAGAGAUCCACCUGAUGGAGUGGUGAAAAUAAUGGAUGCCAUUUGUGUGCUGUUCAAACGUCCACCAGGCUGGGAGAGUGCUAAACAGCUUCUAGGUCAGCCCAACUUUUUCCAGGAGUUGGAAUUUUUUGAUCGCUACAGUUUGACAAACAAGCAGCUGCAGCAGCUCAGCCAGAUAGUCAAAAGUUCCCAGUUUGUGCCAGAAUCUGUGAGAGAAGUAAGCAAGGCUUGUGAGUCUCUCUGCCAGUGGGUCAAGGCUGUGUAUGAGUGCUGCUGUUUGCAGCACCAACUGUUAGUCAAGCAGCAUUUGAAAGGAGAGGCACAUCAACGGCUGCGCCGGGCCAUGCAGGACAAGACAGAUGCAUGUCAUCGUCUGGAGAAUAUCAAACAUCAGCUGCUGUCUGUUAAAAAUCUACGUGAGGAGCUUAUGCUUGAGCUUCACACAACUGAGCAGUCAGAGAAAGAAGCUGCUACAGCUGCAGCACUGGUGGAGACACAUAACAGAGACUGGAGGGCUGCUGCUCAGGAGACAGAGUUAAAUGACCAAACCUUACUUGGAGAUGCCCUGACUCUGGCUGCAGUUAUCUCUUAUUUGGGCCCCUUUGGGCCUGACACACGCACAGAACUGCUGAGCAAGUGGAGAGAGCUAUGUCAGACUGGAAGAGUUGAAAUGAACCCCAAGGACCUACGAACCUCCUUGUUUGCACACUCUGACACUGAGAAAUCUCACCCCCUUCCUGGUUUUCCAAUUACUUUAUCUGAGAGCUUGUGGCUGCCAGCGGGUAGGGCGUUGGGUAGAAGCCAGGAUGCUCCAACAAAUAGGAUAGUUGUGAAGCUGCUGCUGUGGGGCUGCAGGAGGGCCUGGGUUCAGCGCUGGCCUUUGCUGGUAGACGCUCAGCAACAUCCAGAUGUAAGCCCUCAAAGCCUGCUCAAACCAGGUAAAAAGACCAACCUUGAAAAGGAGACAGAGUGUGGGUUGGUACUCCGAGCUGAUGAUCCAGAACUUCUGGACAAGCUCGACCAGGCUGCAGUUGAAGGUUUAAGAGUCAUAGUGACUCACAUUGAACGUGGAAUUCCCAGUCCACGUUUUCUGGCCAGAUUGACACGUUCUGCUGGAAGUGUCUCUCAAGAGUCUGAGCAUCAUAUCCACCCUGAAUUUUUCCUCUUUCUCACCACCAAUCUGCCUGUCAAUAUGCUCAAUGAUGAGAUUCAUCCAUCCAUCCUUGCUCUGGUAGGCGUGGUUGACCUCUCUCUAAGCUCAGAAGAGAUCCAGGAGCGGAUGCUGACACAGCUGCUGCAGUCUGAAUGUAACGAGCUGCUGAGUCAGCACGUGCACUUUCAGAAUGACAAACAGUUGCUGCAGGAGAAACUGGUGUCAGAGGAGGAAGCUCUGAUGAACUACAUUCAGCAGUCUCACACCUCACUGCUUCAGGACCCUGAUUUCCCCCGCCGUGUGACCGCUUAUCAGGAGUUAAUAAAGAACCUGCAUGCUGAGAUCCAGCAGCUAAGUGGGGUGCUGGAGUUCCACAAGUCUCUGCUGGCUGUGCCCCAGCAGUUUAUGAGGCUGGCUGCUGACCUAUAUCAGGACCUGCAGGGAGUCUCUCGUCUCUCCCCUACCUACUACUUUCCCCUACACAGCUUCAUCAAAGUUAUGCAAGAGGCCAUUAUUGUGAAGGGCAAGCCAUUAGUGCCAUAUGCCAUCAGGAAAAUGCCAAAGGAAGCUAUACCAGAGGUUACAAACAGGAUGGUAACCCAGCUGUUCCUAAAAUACCGGCCUCUACUUUUUAAGAGCCACUUUGCUGUUCUAAAGCUGUUGGUGUCUGUGACGUUACUCAAACACUACCAGCUCUGCUCUGAGGCUGAGAGGAGGGCUUUCAUCAGGGGCUUUCAAGAUAGACAUCUUUUCGCAAAUAUGAAACCAUGCCUCCCCCCUCCUUCUCUGUCUCCUUCCACUAGUGCUUUACCCAGCUGGAUUCCUCCUCAUGUCCUCCCAGAGCUUUUCUGCUUGGAAAAAAUGCCAGGCUUUGAAGGGUUGAUCGCCUCUCUGUCUAGGUGCGCGGUACAGUGGCAGGAGUACUUGCGUUUCCCUUCUUCCACUGUAGUGGGAGCUGUUCCCUGUCGCUCUCACUCCCAUCUGUCUGUGAUUCAGAGAGCUCUUCUCUGGAAGACCAUGAACCCAGAUUGCCUGGAGGGAUUAGCAAAGGCAAUGGCAGCCUAUCAUCGUUUUCCUCCUGCUCUGACAGGAGGGAUUGAGGACCCUCACAUUGGGAAUCCAGAGGCCCUCUUACAAGUUCUCGCUAAACAUGAGGGACCCAUCAUUCUCACGCUGCCUGGCCCAAGUGGAGAUAAGUGGACAAGCACUCAGCCUCUUCAUUUUAUAAACACACUGGCCCAAUGUGUGGCAGAAACAAAGAAGGUCCUGGUGAAAGUCAUUCCUUUCGGGUCUCUGUGUGACAGGGAAAUAAUUCUUUCAAUGCUGGAUGGAGCUGUUAGUGAUGGCCACUGGUUGGUUUUUAACAACUGUCACCUGUUGAAACAAUGGGAUGAUAAAGUUGUUGCUCACCUCAGAUGUUUGACUGCUCUAAGAGAGCAGCAGAACUUAAUUCACCCUUGCUUCCAGCUUUGGUUUAUAACUCAGGAAUAUGCAUCAUGCUCCAUACCAGCUGCAGUUCGAAUGUUUGCGCUGCCUCUGGUCUGUGACUCUGCAUGGGAUCUGAAGGAUGAGCUGAGCUGCUCCUUUCGAGAGGCGGUGUCCAUCAUGCAGAGUAAAUCACUGUGGGAUAUGACAGCAGACAACAAGGAGCUCCUCCUCCGCUGUGCCAUCUUCCACUCAGUGUUACUGCAGAGACAGAGCUAUAAAUACUUGGGCCAAGGGAGAAUCUACAGUUGGAGCCAUCGAGACCUUCUGGCUCUGAUGGAUGAAUACCUUAGUGUUGCCAGCCGCUGCCACGACAGAAACAAGGCUUUAAAUUAUAUAGCAGUCAACCUCGUGCAUGGAGGCCAUGUACUGGACUCUGCCGAUUUGGAGGUGUUGGAGAGUGUUGCAGAGACUUGCUUCGGUACAUCACCUUCCUCAGGCAGUGGACCACACGUCAUAGCCGAUGUUAUUAUUAAACCAGGCAGUUUUGAUUUGUCAGCACUGCACCAGGUCCUGAGGAAGAAUUCAGCAGACAUAAAUGACGCAUUUAUGCUGGGCUUCAGUGGUGAAAUAGCAGCUGAGAUGAUCAAGAUCAAUAGCCAAAGAUUAAAUAUACAGCUACAGGCUUCCCAUAUUCCUGUUGGAACAACAUGCAGUUUUUGCUCCCAGCUAAACCAGUUUGCCUCACUGCCAGCCUACAGCCAGGCUAAAGACAGACUGCAGGCUCUGAAAACCUACCUCACACACAAGAAAGACAGCCUGGAUUCAAAUGCAGGAGUUGUCUCUCCCAGUCCCCUAUGUGACUUCCUCCAGGCUGAGUGGGAUGAUCUGAUCGAUUCCGUGUCCUUCCUCCUCUCACAGCUCCAGCAGCCCGUUCAAUACAGCACACUGACCUUCUCUUCCCUACUCGAGUACGCUGACAUGUCUCGCUUGGAGAGGAGGGCAGAGUUGCUCAGUGCUUACCUUUUUCACCUUGACACUCCAGAUCCACCUGGUGCCUAUCGACUUUCUGCUUUCAAAAAUGCCAGAGGCUUUCUGGCUGCAGUCAUGAGAAAGGCUGCUCGAGUAAAUCGCAAAAAUAUUGGUGACAUAUCCCUAAAUUUUCAGGUUUUGGGUGACAGUACUUACCCUGCCUCACUUCUGGAUUCUGUGUAUUUGUGUGGCCUGGAGCUCAGAGGUGCAGUGUGGGAUUCACAGCUAAGAGCGCUGCAGGACACAGUCUCUUCACAGCCCAGCUCACUGCCUCUUCUUUGUGCCAAGACUCAAGUCAUGAGCUCAAAAACUUUCCAGAAAAUAUACUUUUGUAACAGUUCAUUAAAAAGGGAUGCCCAGGUUACACAGACUUCUGCAGCAUGUGGCCCACAGUUGCCUUUCUAUCACUGCCCGCUCUAUCUUGACAGAGACCAGGCGAGGGGAAACCAGGGACUAGCAGAUGUUAACAUUGUCACUAUGGUUCCUCUUCAUGCCAAAUUAAAUCCUGUGUUGUGUAAUUUAAGAAGGGUGAGGCUAGUGAGUAUGCUCUGAAGAGGCCAACCUGAUUGAACAAUGCCAAACUGGCCCUUUAACUUGAUAAACAACUCUUUGUUUACUUGUAACUUGUAACUUGUAAAUGAAUUCUUUGUUAGGACUGUU